GUCUAGAUUCGCUGGUGAUCCAUCAUCAUCCAUGACUCAUCAACUAACACAUGCACUACCCUUUUAGUAACUCUAAAACCUCAGAAAAAUUGUCAGAUAAUACCCAUUUCUAAUCCAUGAUUGGCAGUUUCAUUGGACAUACCAUGCCGUACAUCAGAUUAAAAUAAUCCUAGUCCUGGUUUUGAAGUUUCCACGAAACUGCACUACAUGUUGAACGCCUUGAGUAGUUUUUUAUUGUUUUGUUUUCCUUCUUGUUCCAUCUGGAGGUAGUAUUUCUCAGGCGUUUUCUAAUUGGGCUUUAAUUACGAAUCUAUCUAUAUCUGGGUGUUAAAAGCUUGGAACGACCGUCCUUGGAUCAGAAACAUCCUUUUCUGAGUUCUUUCUGGGGUUUGAUUUCUUGUUCUGAUUUGGGUCUUCUUUGUUGGCUUGCCGUUCCUCAAGGGUCCUGGUUGAGGUUAGUGUGGUGGAUUGGAAAAUCUUGGUGGGGUUUAAGGGGGUUGUUGCUGUUUGGUGGAUUGAUAAGAAGGGAUUUUAUUGAGAUGUGCAGAGUUGGUUCAUUCCUGUUUUGAUUUGUCAAUUUGUUCAUUAUCGCCGUCUGUGAUACGGGAUUUGAUUCGAGAGGGUUGGCAAGAGACUAUUUUUGAUGCUGAAUUGGUGUGUUUCUGUUUGAUAAUUGAAGGAUUUGGUUACAUAUUGAGAUCUGCAGAGUUGGGUCAAUCUUCUUGCGAAUUGGUCCGGUUGGAUUUGGUAUCACCAUUGCCAUCUCUGGUACCGAAAUUGAUUCCAGAGGGUUGAAAACAGACUGUUUUGACGCUUGAAAUUGAAACUUCUUGAAAAUUGAAUGUGAGUGUUAUAGUUGGGCUCAGUUCUGUUGUAUAGAAUCUUCUUAUCCUCGUUGUGGUUAUUCUGAUCAGUGACUAAAAAAUAGACUCGGGAAUUAUGGCAUUGCCUCUGGAAGAACUAAACCUUGAUGGAGAAGUAGAGGGAGAGGAAAUGUUGACAGAACGCGCACCUCUAAAGGAGAGUCGGCUUUAUAGGACUAGUUUCCCGGGUGCUGUGAGAAAAAGAGCCUAUAUUUUCGAUGGGGAAGGGAAUUACUAUAACAAGGAUUGGGAUCUUGUAGAGGGUAGAGGGAAUGAAUUUUGUUGGUACCAUGUGGAACUUCCCAAAGGCAAUCAAAAACUUUCUCAAUCCGCUCAAUACCUCAUUGAUGUUCUUUGCCCUCCCCUAAAACUCCAAGACAUCCUCUCUCUGGUCAGCAACGGACCCUUUUGUGGGCAUGUAGAUGGUGCCCUUGUGUUUAGGGUUAACUCACCGGGUACUGCCUCGGGCAAAUUUACAUUCAGAAUCGCUGCAAGAGUUACUGAGAAUUCAGUGAUUACAGUCUCUUUGGGCCGUGUCCCAAGAUUGGGCUUCUCGCCUGUUGGUGAGUCUCUUCUUUCAGAGAUUCCAAGUGUGGAGAGUCCAAAUCAUGUGAGAGGAGAGAAGGAAAAGGGUGGGAUUGUGAUUGGGGAGCAUGUUCUUGAAUUUUUGUUGACUAUGAAUCAUUCUGAGGAAGCGGAUAAUCCUGUGCCGAAAUCUGUUGCGAAACUCGUCAUUCAUAUUAUUGACACACAUGUAGAUCAUAUCCAAGAUAUCGUGACCAAACUUGAGAUUGACCUGGAUGGGGUGGAGUUUGAAUUGGAUAGAGGUGGUUUUGCUUUGAAAAAGCAAAUGCUAGAUGACAGAAGAUUUCCUAAAAUGCAUCUUGACUUACAGCGCCUCUUGCAGGUUAUUGCACAUGGGGAGCAAGUAUUUCCACGAGUCAAGGAGAAGUGCGCUUCAAAACACUGGUUUGCCCAUGAAGACAUCAGUUCACUUGAGGAGUUAAUCAGUCGCCUCAGGAGGCUAAAGGAGAAUGUUGGAUUCAUAGCCAAUCGAGUCACAGCAAUUCAAGCUGGUCUAGACAGCUGGCAGGCCGAGCAAAUAAAUAGAAAGCUAUACUAUCUCUCGUUCCUUUCGAUCAUAUUCCUCCCUCUAUCUGUAGUGACUGGAGUGUUUGGGAUGAACGUAGGAGGAGUUCCUUGGACGGAGCAAAGAGAUCCGAAGCUGAAGGAUGGUUUCCGCAAUGUCAUCUUUCUAUGUUUUGCAAUGCUGCUUUUUGUUCUUUUGUGCUUCAUUGUCCCAGCUAUUUAUACACGUGUAGCUGCUUGGCGGAGGAAAAGAGAGAUAAGGAAAAGCUGGUCUCUCAACAGGAAGCCGUUCCUCAGGAAAAGCCUAGGAAGCGAAGAAAGAGGAGGUUACCUUCGGCUUUGAGGGACUGAUGUUUUCUUACUUCACGACUGAUGUUCAUUGUCUUUACUUCAUUUGGUUUGAUUCAAGAUGCACUUUUCCCAGACUCAGAUCAUCAAUUUUGCUUAACCUUUCACUAGAGAUGUGAAUCAAUAGUGAGCACUUUCUCUCAUUAGGUCUGGUGAAGAGAUGGAACUGCAUAGUGGAAGCUCAGCAUCUUGCAUGGUUAGAUUUUUUUUGUCCUUUUCCCCUUUCUUGAAUUCAUUGUUUUUUUGUACAUGUUUUUUGUAUUUUCAUCUUACAAAAUGCGAACAUGAAGAUUUGUACAAUGAUUCAUUUUUGCACAAAUUUCUUACAACAGGCAUUCUUUGACUCUGA